AUGGCUACAAUGUUGAGAUUGGAAAUUCUGGAAUUUGGAAAUGUUGGAGUCUUGAUUUUGAAUGGCAUGAACAACACCUUGCUUCAAAUGCACUGGCAUUCUCCUUCUGAGCGCAAAAUCAAUGGUGCCACAUUUGAUGCAGAGCUUCAUCUAGUCCACAAGGCUAGCGAUGGAAGAUUCACAGUUAUAGCCAUCCUUUAUAAAAUUGGUAAUGCCGAUCCUAUUAUUUCCAAGAUCCAAAGUGAAUUAGCUGAGCUGGGUAAGGAGGUGUUUACAGAUGAAGAUGAAAUCGCCAUAGGGACCUAUGACACCUGGAAAUUGAGGCGAAAUACAUGCAAGUAUUAUAGAUAUGUUGGUUCUCUCACUACUCCUCCGUGCACCGAGAAUGUUACCUGGCACAUCUUUGGCAAGAAUAGAAUUGGAGCAGAUAUUAUCAUGGCUCUUGAUGAUGUCCUAGAUUUGACUCUUACCCAGGACAUCUAUAUAUUCUUGACAGAAAUUCAGAAUGCACGAGGUAUUAUGGAUGUUCUUUCAGAAAUGCUGAAUGCAAUAGAUCCGGGGAACAAAGAGUUCUAUGUAAGACAUCCAACAUACUGA